AUGAUUGGGAGAGAGUUAAGCCCGCAAGCUCAGAGAGCUAUUGUGUCCUACUCUGAUGACCUACUUGAAGCGCUAAUUGAUGCGGUUUGCCUUGAAACAAAAUCGCAAAACUCCCAUCGUAUUCGUGAGGAAGAUGUCUUGAAGUCGGUGAAAGCUGUGUCGCUUUUUCCUCUUCGUGUGGUGCCCCGGGCCACUUUGAAAAUCUUUAAUCCAAAAGCGUCACCUCAUCAGCCAGCGGUUCCACGUGCUAAAGUAGAUGCUUCACAAGCUGGGCAAGUUGCAAAGAAACCUGGACAACCAUUCAUCCGUCCUCGAAGGGUCGUUGUCGAUGAAGCUCAGUUUCUUGAAGACAUUCGUAAGAUGAAACCAACAGAGAUAAAGGAGCCGGUACUUUAUAGCUCUCAUAAGUUAACACUAGAAGUGAGGGACUUACGGCCACUUCUGGGUGCUUCAGCCGUUGCUGAAGCUUCCACAGCCUUGGAACGUCCGGCCCGGCACUUUGUAGGGCGACCGCAGCCGCUGAUUACCGAAGAUCGGGGAAAUCUUCAGCCAGAACUCACUACUUAUCACAAAUAUCGCGAAUAUCUCGGCAUUGUAGGCCCACUGCCGAAUAUAAAAUCGAAAUUUGGGCCAAUGACAGAGAUUCCUGCUUAUCUUCACGCAUUACAACAACGUAAUGAAAUACUAGGACUUGCUGCGAACAAUGGUACAGCGAUGCCAAAUAUUCCUCAAGUCCAUCGUCCGAAUAUUCCUAUUCAACAGUUAUCUCAAGUCACUCCAUUACAAAUGUACUACGAGCAACCUUAUCCGCGUCAUCAGGCAUCACUGAAUUUCCCCUUUCAGUAUUUGCCCCAAUUUCCUCUUCCACCUCAGCCUAAUGUUUCAAUACCAUUUGAUAUUCAGCAGGCAUUCCAAACCAUGCAUCCCCACGAAACCGCUCGCAUAUUUCAUGAAUUUCUGCAAAGGCAGCGCCGUCAAAAGUGGGUCGAUGAUCUUGAACGUUCAGCUCUCAUCUCACCCACUCCGCCUCUUACAGAGUGUGAAUACCCCCUGUGUUCAAUCGGUGGUCACCACCAUUGUGUAUCGUCGAGGAGAAGUGCAGAUCUGACGCUCUCUUUGACGAUACGAGCGGAUGAAAUGGCAUCGAGCACUCCACCCUGUACUCGUGAAGACACACCACCUGAGCCUGACAUAAUAGAAUUUCCUGAGGGACCAGUGGAUCAUAUAGAUUGUGCUGGGUAUUAUACACGAAUCAAUUCAGGUCCUUUUGUAAAAAAUAGGGAUUCUGAACUUCCUUCGCCAUCGGAAGCUCGUAAAAAACUGGAACUGGACUUGAGACAGGAUGCCGAUGUGGUAGCAGAUAAUACGAAUGCCAGUAAUAAAAUUUUCGUACCGAAACCACCCACAAAUCUGUCACCGAAGGAAGCGCUUUUGUAUGAAAAGUGUGUGGGACGACUUAUGGUGAUCGCUCAUGGUGGAAAGCUUUACACGUCGUAG